AUGUCACGCCGCUCAUCCACCCUCUCCGCUUUCCAGAUUCCCUUCCACCUUGGAUUCCAGAUCGGCUCCCUUAUUUUCUUCUUUGUGAACCUGUUCACCGAAAGCAAGGCCAAAGUCAUCGCUGAGUGCCAGGAACGCAAUAAUGGUGGCAAUGAUGCUGCAUGCAAAGACGUUGCCAACGAUACCGCAAUCACCAAAGGAAAGGUGGCAUUGGUGGUCAUCGAGUUAAUCCCUCUAUUGGUUCAAUUAUAUGCUGUACUCGUUGUCUUGAGCUUCCAAAAGCAGUUACAGGAGGAGAAAGAGGAUUCAGGUGUCAGGACGUUCAGCCUUCGUGCUACAACGUACGACGCUCCGGGUCCCCACUCCGUUGGUUAUAAGUACGAUCCUCCUUCCGACUCGCGCCCAAGCAUGGAGGCAAUGCACCCAGAGGUGUCCUAUCUGUACGCCGAUGCGAAGCAUUCCUAUGGCAAUUCCAAUGCAUGA